UGGGCUGGGCCGGGCAGGGCAGGGGCGCGUCGCCGGCUGACUGAGGUGCGGGGGAUGGACGAGAGUCGCUGCAGCAGCGAGCGGCGACGGGCGGUUCAGAUUGCAGCCUCUCUCUAAGUAUCGGGAAGGAUCUGGAUAAUCUUCAGCCAGACGGACGUUGAAUGUUUAGCAUCAUUACUUCUUUGGAUUUUUGAAUGUGAAUUGGAACAGCUGUAUUUCUAGGUUUGCUGGGAUGGGUAAUCUUCUUAAGGUCCUUACCAGGGAAAUUGAAAACUAUCCACAUUUUUUCCUGGAUUUUGAAAGAACCAAAUGGGAAAUCUUUUAAAAGUUCUCACUUGCACAGAGCUUGAUCAGGGGCCAAAUUUUUUCCUUGACUUUGAAAAUGCACAGCCCACGGAUGGAGAAAGGGAGGUAUGGAAUCAGAUCAGUGCAGUUUUACAGGACUCGGAAAGUAUGCUUGCAGACCUUCAGGCGUACAAAGGAGCUGGACAAGAAAUUAGAGAUGCAAUACAAAACCCCAAUGAUAUCCAGUUGCAAGAAAAGGCAUGGAAUUCAGUAUGUCCCCUGGUUGUAAGGCUGAAGCGCUUCUAUGAGUUUUCACUCAGAUUAGAGAAAGCCCUGCAGAGCUUAUUGGAGUCGUUGACAUGCCCACCUUAUACUCCAACUCAACACCUGGAACGGGAACAAGCUCUAGCGAAAGAGUUUGCAGAAAUCUUACAUUUUACUCUUCGUUUUGAUGAACUUAAGAUGAGAAACCCAGCAAUUCAGAAUGACUUCAGUUACUACAGACGGACAAUAAGUCGCAACAGAAUAAACAACAUGCAUCUAGACAUUGAGAAUGAAGUAAACAAUGAAAUGGCCAAUAGAAUGUCCCUGUUUUAUGCAGAAGCCACACCAAUGCUGAAAACACUGAGUAAUGCAACUACACAUUUUGUAUCAGAAAACAAAACAUUGCCAAUUGAAAAUACGACGGACUGUCUAAGUACUAUGGCUAGUGUUUGUAAAGUCAUGUUGGAAACACCAGAGUACAGGAGUAGAUUCACCAGUGAAGAGACCCUUAUGUUCUGCAUGCGAGUAAUGGUGGGAGUUAUUAUUCUGUAUGACCACGUUCAUCCUGUGGGAGCUUUCUCAAAGACGUCAAAGAUCGAUAUGAAGGGAUGCAUAAAAGUUUUAAAGGAACAGCCACCCGACACUGUGGAAGGGCUUCUGAAUGCUCUCAGGUUCACUACGAAACACCUGAAUGACGAAUCUACUUCAAAACAAAUUCGAGCUAUGCUGCAGUAGUGUCCUGAGACAAGUAGAUGUUUGUAUUGAUCACAGAAGAUGUGUAUGUUUACAUAAUUUAAUACAGUUUGAUGUUAAUACUUGUGUGUAUUUACAUAACCAUUUCCUUCACAUUGCUAAAAUAUAUGAAUCUAUUCAUAACCUGACUGACUUUAUAUAGCACAGCCUAAGUUUUUAUGCUAGCCUUUAUUUUUGACUUUUAGAAUACUUUUUUACUUAGAUACGUCAACUACUACAGUUUAUCUGUGCAUUUUAAUCCUUAAACACCUCUCUAUUAGCAAAGUAAGUAGUAGUGAAGACAAAGUGGAAAUCAAAUAAAGAGAAAUGUCAAAGACAACA